AAAUAAGGAAAAUCACCUUGUUAAUCUUACUCGGAGAUAGAGACAUUCUGCAGUAUAUAAAACUAAGAAGCAAGGGGCCGGAGAUUUAGUUCAGAGUUACCGUUCCGGCCUCGCAAGCGCAAGGUCUUGAGUUCGAUUCCCCGGUAUCAACAACAACAACAGCAACAACAAAAACCCAAAACAAUAACAACUGUACGGUUAAUGAUUCAAUUUAAAACGUGUUACUAUAAAAGACACAUUGUGAUUGAUCCGUCAGUCGCACAAGGCCCCCGUUCCUGCUACUUUCCGCAGCGGCUCUGGGAGUCCUGAAACCGGAGAAGGGCGCGGCUCUGCGCUCUCUGCUCCCUGAGCCCCGCUGGGCGGGACCGGCCGGAGGUGGCUCUGCUCCCAGGUCCCCGGCCGGCGCAUUCAUGGCCGCUCCCAGCAAGGCAGUGGUUGUUCCCGGGAACGGAGGUGGGGAUGUGGCCACCCAUGGCUGGUACGGCUGGGUAAAGAGGGCGCUGGAGCAGGUACCUGGUUUCCAGUGUUUGGCCAAAAACAUGCCUGACCCAAUUACAGCCCGGGAGAGCAUCUGGCUGCCCUUCAUGGAGACGGAGCUACAGUGUGACGAGAAGACCAUCGUCAUAGGCCACAGCUCUGGGGCCAUCGCAGCCAUGAGGUAUGCAGAGACACAUCGUGUCUAUGCUAUUGUGUUAGUGUCUGCAUACACAUCAGACUUGGGGGAUGAAAAUGAGCGUGCAAGUGGAUACUUCAACCGCCCCUGGCAGUGGGAGAAGAUCAAGGCCAACUGCACUCACAUUGUGCAGUUCGGCUCCACAGAUGACCCUUUCCUUCCCUGGAAGGAACAACAAGAAGUGGCAGACAGGCUGGGGGCCAAGCUGUACAAAUUCACUGACCGCGGCCACUUUCAGAACACAGAGUUCCACGAAUUGCUCAGUGUGGUUAAGUCGAUGCUGCAAGCACCCGUGUAGCCAGGACAGCUCCUGCUACCCUGCAUGCCCGUGGAGGGGGCGAGGGGUGAUACUGUAAGAAUCACUGUAUAACACACAGUUAGGUUCCAGAAGUGCCUGAAGACACAAGUUUCCACAGUCACACUAACAAACAGCAAUUCCAUUUUCUGAAGAGUCAAUCUUCCCAAACUGCUAUGAACCACAGCAGUAUUUCUUCCAUGGAUAAGGGACCUAAGGACAGUUAAUUGUCCUUAUCUGAAGAGAAUGUCAGAAACAGAACCCAGGUUUUCUGAUCUCAGUCCAGAUUUAAACUAGGUAACGUUGGAAAGCUAGCUUUUCCUCAUAGAAAUAAAACAUUUGUUUUAUUAGGGAAAGGAAACGUGAC